GGAAGUCGGUCACGUGAGGAGCUCGACCCAACAUGGCCGCCUAUCUGCAGUGGCGCCGUUUCGUCUUCUUCGACAGAGAGAUGGUGAAGGAGCCGCCGGGGCCGGAGGCUGCUGGUGGGAAGCCCUUCGCGUUGCCUCCGGGCAUCACGGUCUGUGAUUCAGGCCGGGGAAACCUUGUGUUCGGAGAUAUGGAAGGUCGGAUCUGGUUUUUGCCUCGCUCGCUUCAACUUAGUGGUUUCCAAGCUUACAAAUUAAGGGUAACGCAUCUGUACCAGCUGAAGCAGCACAGUAUCUUGGUUUCUGUUGGUGAGGAUGAAGAGGGCAUUAACCCAUUGGUUAAAGUAUGGAAUCUGGAAAAACGAGAUGGUGGCAAUCCUCUUUGCACACGAAUUUUCCCAGCGAUACCGGGUAACAAGCCCACAGUUGUGUCCUGUCUAACUGUCCAUGAGAAUCUGAAUUUCAUGGCUAUUGGUUUUGCAGAUGGGAGUGUUGUACUUACAAAAGGAGACAUCACUCGAGACCGACAUAGUAAGACUCAGAUCCUACAUGAAGGCAGUUACCCAGUUACUGGUCUUGCUUUUCGACAGUCUGGCAAAACAACACAUCUGUUUGUGGUGACCACAGAGAACAUCCAGUCCUACCUGCUUUCUGUGAAAGACUACUCUCAUCUGGAGCUGGACAAUCAUGGCUGUGGAUUGCACUGUUCUUCUCUGAGCGACCCCUCCCAGGACCUCCAGUUCAUUGUAGCAGGAAAUGAAUGUGUAUACCUUUAUCAACCAGAUGAACGAGGCCCCUGCUUUGCUUUCGAGGGACAAAAGCUGAUUGUUCACUGGUAUCGGGGAUACCUCAUCAUUGUCUCCAAGGACCGAAAAACUUCUCCUAAGUAUGUUUCCUUGGAACAGUUGCAUUUUUUAUUUAAUCGUUGCAGUUUCUGGAGGCUAAUGUCAUGUGAUCCUUACUGGCUGCCUCUACAGAACUAUCAAGAGGCUUUGCACUACAUUGGAAAACUGCCUUUUGAUCAAGCAGAGAGUAACAUGAAGCGGUAUGGUAAAAUCCUGAUGCACCAUGUCCCUAAGGAGACAACAGAACUAUUGAAGAACCUUUGCACUGAUUACCAGCCAUCAGGAAACAGUGAAGGCCCUGGGAUUCUGGAAGGAAAAAAGGCAAAUUCUGAGGAGUUCAUUCCAGUCUUUGCAAACAACUCCCGAGAACUGAAGGCUUUUCUGGAGCACAUGACUGAGGUGCAGUCUGACUCUCCACAGGGUGUCUAUGACACUUUAUUGGAACUUCGUCUCCAGAAUUGGGCACAUGAAGUAGAUAAGCAGAUCAAAGAGAAGCUGCAUGAUGAAGCACUCACUCUGCUGAAGAGUGGAAGGUUCAAAACAGUCUUUGAUAAGGCCUUGGUCUUAUGUCAGAUGCACAAUUUCAAGGAUGGUGUCCUCUACCUCUAUGAACAGGGCAAACUUUUCCAACAGAUCAUGCAUUACCACAUGCAGAACGAGCAGUACAAGAAAGUGAUCGAGGUGUGUGAGUUGUACGGGGACCAAGAGGCUUGUCUUUGGGAACAGGCUCUUGGCUACUUUGCACGGAAGGAGGAAGACUGCAAGGAAUAUAUUGCUGCAGUGCUGAAACACAUAGAGAACAAGAACCUUAUGCCUCCACUUCUUGUUGUGCAGACGCUGGCUCACAACUCCACAGCCACAUUGUCUGUGAUUAAGGAUUAUCUUGUCAACAAGCUGCAGAAGCAGAGCUGCCAGAUAGAGCAAGAUGGGCAGAGAAUUCAAAAAUACCGAGACGAAACUACAAGGAUCCGUCAGGAGAUUGAAGAGCUAAAAGCAAGUCCCAAGAUCUUUCAGAAGACCAAGUGUAGCAUUUGCACCAGUGCCCUGGAGCUGCCUUCAGUCCAUUUUCUGUGUGGUCAUUCCUUCCACCAGCAUUGCUUUGAAAGCUACUCUGAGAGUGAUUCAGAAUGUCCUACUUGCAUGCCUGAAAAUCGCAAAGUGAUGGACAUGAUCCGAGCCCAGGAGCAGAAGAGAGAUCUGCAUGAUCAGUUUCAGCAUCAGCUUAAGUGCUCCAAUGAUGGUUUUUCCGUCGUCGCUGACUACUUUGGUCGAGGCGUUUUUAAUAAGCUCACCCUCAUCACAGAUUUGCCUUUGGGAAAGUCAGCUACGACCAUUGAGGCUGGCCUCCAGAGGGAGCUGCUGAUGCACACUAAACGUAGUACCUGAGCUGGGGACUCCCGUUGCACCGUGCGCCUUCUCGGGUUGUACGGGUUUACGGCGUGGGCGCGCGCUUCGCCCCCCACAUCUUUCGCUCUCCAAUAAUAAAUAGAACCAAGUCGGCUUUA